UUUGAUAGUAAUUUUUUUAAACAUCUUCCAAAAUUUUGGGGUUUUGGUAAAGAGCAAAAGACUAUAAAUCUCACUACUCAUCGCUCAGUCGCCGCCGUUAUCGCUCAGUCGCCGCCGUCACUCAGGAUUUUUGUCGAAGACAAUCUGAAAGGUCCUUUUCAAUAUGAGCCGGCCGAUGGAUGAAGAUCAGGUUCCUACUAAGAACGAGGAGGAAGAGUUCAACACAGGACCUCUCUCGGUACUCAUGAUGAGUGUAAAAAAUAACACACAGGUGCUGAUUAAUUGCCGCAACAACAAAAAACUUCUCGGGCGUGUUAGAGCCUUUGAUAGACAUUGCAAUAUGGUCCUUGAAAAUGUGAGAGAAAUGUGGACUGAGGUACCAAAGACCGGAAAAGGCAAGAAAAAGGCGAUGCCUGUUAACAAGGAUAGAUUCAUUAGUAAGAUGUUUCUUCGCGGAGACUCGGUAAUAAUUGUUUUGAGGAAUCCUAAGUAAGCUGGAGCUGCUUUCGAAAUUGACUUUAGAAUGCUGAAAAACUUGGCCAGAUUUCAAUUUCUAUAUUUGCUGUAAAAGCCAUUUGCAUUAAAAUGUAUGUCUUGAGGCUCUAAUCUCAGUUAGGCUUUGUCUUUUGUUACAAUAGACAAAGUGCUUUAACCCUUGUGAAGAUAUUAUAACAUUGUUGAGGUUAUUGUACAUGUAAAUGCACUUGCUUAGAUUUCUUGUGUAUUACUUUGGGUGAAAAUUAUUCAUGAAUUCUAAGGAAAUGGGAGUGGUGAAUUGCUGUUUUUAGUAAUA